AUGUCUUCCAGCACCGCUCCUAUCGAGCUUGCGGUUGAGCAGCCGAAUCAACUGCAUUCUGCCACCGAGGAACAUUCCGAAGCUGGCGCCUUUGUACGAGAUGUCAUCAUCGGCUUCGCAGAUGGUCUGACGGUCCCUUUUGCCCUGACAGCUGGCCUGUCCAGUCUAGGAUCAUCCAAGCUGGUCAUCGUUGGCGGACUCGCGGAGCUUUUCAGUGGUGCCAUCUCCAUGGGACUGGGAGCCUAUCUCGCCGCCGUAACGGAUCGAGAUCAUUACAAGUGUGAGGAAAAGCGGGAGAGGGAGGAAGUGUGCAUGAAGCCCGAGGCGGAGAUGGAAGAGAUCCAUGACAUACUCUCUGGUUAUGGCAUCAGCGCCGAGGCCUGCCAGAUGGUAGUCAACUGCCUGGCUCGGGACGAGGAGAACUGGAUUCGUUUUAUGAUGGACUUUGAGCUGAAGCUGGAGAAACCAAAUAUCUCUCGAGCCUGGAUCUCUGCCGCCACCAUGGGCGUUUCCUACUUCAUCGGCGGCCUCCUCCCCAUGGUCCCCUACUUUGCCAUGACCGACGUCACCCAUGCCUUGUUCGUUUCGAUUGGCGUUACUUUUGUGGUUUUAUUGAGCUUCGGAUUCCUCAAGAACUUUGUCAUGCUCAAGACCAAGCGAGCUGGGCUGUAUGGAGCCGUUCAGACCCUUUUCGUUGGAGCAUUGGCUGCUGGGACGAGUUAUGGCAUUGUUUAUGGCAUUGACCAUGGCAAUAUCCACGGGUAG